AUGGAUUCGUUGAGGUUGCUGUCUCGAGGUUCAGGACGACGAUUGACUGGAAAAGACUCUGUAUGUGAAGACAAGCGUCCAUCAGCAGGAUCUCAGCAAGCUUCCGACAGCGAAGAAAGUUCAACUGGCAAGAAGCGAAAGCGUGCAGAAUUCGAAGCAGACACGAAUGGAAAACUUGAUGAAUGCACUAUCGAGAAGAUCCGAUCCAUACAAAAGCAACAUAAAAUUAGGAUCACAAACUUGAGGGCGCUUCACAAGGCACAUGAUACAGAUAAUCGCAAAGCACAGAAGGAAGCAUCAAGGCUCUUUCCUCAGCCACUGCAGAAGUUCUCAGCGCUCAGAGACCUUGAUGUAAACCAUACCUUGCUGUCCAACCUGGUCGAACAGGGCUAUAGGGAACCGACUGAGGUGCAGGUGGCUACCAUACCACUUUUGAUGCCAAGACAUGGUGAAGAACCUGAUUUACUUACAGUCGCACCAACAGGCAGUGGUAAGACCUUAGCCUUCUUAAUACCGCUCAUUAAUAAAUUGAGCAAAACGCACCAAGACGAAGAUGCACAUGGACCAGUUAGGGCCAUCAUACUUGCCCCGACGAAAGAGCUGGUCGUUCAAAUUGUCAACGAGGGUCGUAAGCUGGCUGCAAAGACUGGAAUCCGCGUUACAGCUUUCAAGAAAGGCAUGAGAUUGCAUGAAGACAUCCUAUCGGUUGGUCAAGGUAUCUCUGACGAAUCUGACGUUGAUGAGGAGACACAAUAUACAUCCACGAUUGUGAAAGCUGAUAUACUGGUCUCAACUCCUUUGUCGCUACUGCAUGCCAUUACUCCCACGACAUCUGAUGACCCCUUGGCCCUAUCAAACAUACAAAAUCUAAUCCUUGACGAAGCCGACGUACUUCUGGACCCUCUCUUCCGCGCUCAAACUCUAUCUAUAUGGUCGGCAUGUGUCAAUCCUGAGCUCCGCAGCUCUUUAUGGUCAGCCACGAUAGGGUCCAGCAUCGAGGAGCUCACUAUCUCGACAGUAAGCUCUCGACACAAAUCUCUAGGUAUAAAGUCAAAGUCCGCACCACUCCUCCUCCGCUGUAUAAUAGGCCUCAAGGAUUCGAGUCUGCCAAACAUAACCCACAAACUCAUCUACACCUCUACCGAAGCCGGCAAACUCACAGGUCUUCGCCAACUUAUCCGUCCAUCACCCUCAAACACAAGCACAUCUAGUAAAGCUGCAACGACACCGUCGGCACCAUUCCUUCGCCCUCCAUUUCUGGUCUUUACCCAGACCAUUUCUCGUGCCGAAGCGCUAUACAACGAACUCAAAUAUGAUAUCCCACCACCGAGUAGCUUUACUACAACAGCCAGAACCUCGACUGUGGAACCCAUCCCCCGUAUUGCUCUCCUCCACUCCUCCUUGGGCGCCACUGCCCGUAGCAAGAUUAUGCAAAAUUUCCGUCUAGGCAAGAUCUGGAUCCUCAUUACAACAGACCUCUUGUCACGAGGCAUAGACUUCAGAGGAGUAAACGGCGUGGUCAAUUACGAUAUCCCAACGACAUCAGCGAGCUAUGUCCACAGGGCAGGAAGAACAGGGCGCGCCGGUCGUGAGGGCGGUGUGUGCGUUACAUUUUAUACAAAAGACGAUGUAAGCUACCUCAGACCGAUAGCGACCGUCAUUGCAAAGUCGCAGAAGACUCAAGGCGGGGCUUCGCCAGACGGAGGCGACGGCACGAACGGCCUAGGAAGCGGUGUGCCGAGCUGGCUUCUCGAUGCUCUGCCGCACCUUACUAAAAACAAGAAGAAAGACCUCAAGGAGCGCGGUGUCGACGUGCGUAGAGGUGUCAAGGAGAGCGACGACAAGAAGGAGCGAAGACGAAAGGGAAGGAAUAUGAUUGGGACAAAGAGCGGGUACGAGAAGAAAGUCCAGGAUCGUAGACAAGGCGCGAUAGAGGGGAGCAGGAGGCGGAAGGAGAAUCACACUAAUGGAGUUGGCACAGAAGAAGAACACGAUGGUGGGUUUGAAGGCUUCGAUUAA